CAGUAGCCACGCCUCGUUUGGCAAGUGUAGUGGGUAGUGGUAACAGCAGUGGUAGCAGGGCCCUCCCUCUGUCUCUGCAGAUAAAUAUUCGCAGCCUGCCUAUUCCAGGCAUGGAUGACGGUUGCACGCAGCCAUGGCACUGCGACAUUAUACUCUCGACUUCAGCCUCUCUACGGCAGUUGACUCUGCUUCAACAGUUCCUGGCCUGCUGUCAAUAUUUCAUGAGCAGGAAAUGACAGAGACUGUCCAUGAUACAAAUGGGCAUGGAUACCUUGCUACUUUUGUAGGCAAGAAUGGCCGGCUUGUUAUUCUGCGUGUGCACUCCCAUGGGUUGGUCACCAUUGAUCUGCAGUGUUACGAAGAGGACAACAUUGCACAACUAGACAAUCUUUUAAAUGCACUGGAAACGAAGCUAAAGGUUCUCCUAAAUGGCAAUAUCACAAGAAUUAAAAGGCUCCCUGCUCUCGUGCGAGGGGCAAAAGUUGACCGAUACUGGCCCACAGCUGACGGCCGACUGAUUGAGUAUGACAUUGACCGAGUGGUGUACGAAGAAGAUUCUGCAUACCAAAACAUAAAAAUAUUGCACUCACAGCAGUUUGGAAAUAUCCUAGUACUCAAUGGAGAUGUUAACCUGGCAGAGAGUGAUUUGGCCUACACCCAAGCCAUCAUAGGUAGCGGAAAGGAGAAUUAUGCUGGAAAAGAGGUGCUGAUAUUAGGAGGAGGUGAUGGAGGCAUCCUCGCUGAGGUGGUCAAACAAAAGCCAAAGAUGAUCACCAUGGUGGAGAUUGACCAGAAGGUGAUAGAUGGGUGCAAAACGCACAUGAGAAAAACCUGCGGCAAUAUCCUUGACAACCUGAAGGGAGAUUGUUACCAAAUACUAGUUGAGGACUGUGUCCCUGUGCUGAAGAAGUAUGUCCAGGAGGGACGGACGUUUGAUUACGUGAUUAAUGACCUCACUGCAGUCCCAAUAUCCACAGAGCCAGAAGAAGACUCAACAUGGGAGUUCCUGCGUCUCAUCUUAGAUCUGUCAAUUAAAGUUCUGCACCCUACCGGGAAAUAUUUCACACAGGGUAACAGCGUGAAUCUGACAGAGGCACUGAGUCUGUAUGAAGAACAGCUGGGAAAGCUUUCAUGUCCUGUGGGCUUCUCCAAAGAGGUGGUGUGUGUGCCCUCCUACUUGGAGCUAUGGGUUUUCUACACCAUAUGGAAAAAGUAAAGACCUCCAGUUUUCUCUGCUUGAAUCUCCAGCAGCUGGAAUGUGAAUGCUCUAGUUCUUCUGCUUCUGCUGUAGCCUGAAGGGUGCGUUCAGACUGAAUGUGACAUGGAAAUCACAGGCAACACAAGGUUUGGAUAAAUGCAUUGUUAUGUGGGCUUUAAAAUUUUGAAAAUAGGAGUGGAUCUGGAGAAAUAUAGAGUAGAGUUCUAGCAAUGUGAAAUCUGUCUUAUAUACACACAACACACACACACACACAUGCGCACGCACACACAC